AUGAAACUCCCCCUACUUCUGGCCCUGCUAUUUGGGGCAGUUUCUGCUCUUCAUCUGAAUGCUGAAACUGCUGACUUUGAGAGCCCCUCAGAAGCUAAGAGCCUGCCUGAGGAUGGGGAGAUGCCAGCACGGGGGGCUGAGGAGACCCCUUCUGGGGAGUUGGCACUGCUGGAGGAGGAGGAGGGGGGGGGCUCUGGAGAUGAAGAUGACCCUGAGGAAGAGACCCUGGAUGAGACAGACGGGGACCUUCAGUGUCCUAAAGAAGAGGACACAGUAAAACUGGUGGGCAGCCCGGGGUGCAAGCCCUGCCGCCGCUACCUCCUGGUGAAAAGUGCAAGGAAGUUUAAUAGAGCUCAGCAUAUCUGCCGGAAAUGCUACCGGGGCAAUCUGGUCUCCAUCCACAGCUUCAGCUUUAACUACCGACUACAGUGCUCAGUCAGCGUGCUCAACCAGGGCCAAGUCUGGAUCGGAGGCAGGAUCACAGGCUGGGCUUUCUGCAAACGCUUUCGCUGGGUUGAUGGCAGCCGCUGGAAUUUUGCAUACUGGGCUGCUGGCCAGCCCUGGGCCAGCCGUGGCCGGUGUGUGACCUUGUGUACCCGAGGAGGCCGGUGGCGUCGAUCUCACUGCGGCAGAAGACGUCCCUUCAUCUGCUCCUACUGA